AUGCAGGCGUGCAGCAUUCUUGUUCUCUGCACCAUUGCCCUUACGUCUGAGCACGGUGAGAGUCGGCUGCUGAUGCCGCUCAUUUUUUUGUCGGAGCGUUGCCUCGAUCACGCGAUGGAUCUCGGCCACUCGCCGAUUCUGUUUUAUGCGUCCACGUUGCUUUCCUACCUGUCCCUGAUCGCGGCAAAGGCUGAGAAGCGGGGGAAGUCACUACGUGACCGCAACGUAAUUGUAGAGACGCUCCUCUACGCCGUCGUCGGUUUUACAGUAGUCUACUUUAUUGUGAAGGAUAAGGUCAUCUCUCUCGGCGCCAUCGCGUACGUCGUGUCUGGAUACGUUUUCUUUUUGAAGCUGCUGCCCGUCGUCGGCGACAACGAGGCGAUUCUCAUCGGCUCCCUCGUUGGUUUUUACUUCUGCGAUAUUUGUGUCAACAACAACCUUAGCGUCGACGGCGGCCGCGAGUCUGUGCUGUCGCUGAACGCGCCAGGGUACCAAACGUCGUACACGCACAUCGCGAGCCGCGGCAUGAUCCUGUGCGCCAUCUAUAUCUUCAUACUCGUCUCUGUCUUGUCGAGAUGGUGUCUUAUUCCGACCAACAAAAACUCUAAGUCGUCUCGGCGCUGUGUGAGCCGCAAGCGCAUCACCGUCAUCUUCUGGGUGUCGAAUGCGGUGGUCGGGCUCAUCCUUGGCCUCGUCAUUAGUUAUCAGUUUCGGGAAAACGUCUUGCGCUGGCUCUACGCGUACCUUGUCUCCAGCCGCUUCCGUAUGUGGACACUUGUAUGCUGGCUUACGCUUCUGCCAUUCGCGGUGUACCUCGUCGAUGUGGUGUCCAUGCGAGUACGACCGACGGUGCGCCGCAAGCUGUUCCACUUCAUCGCUGUCGUCGCUUUCACUCCGGCAACGAUGAUUGAUCCGCCAUUCAUGGCAUUUGCGUUCUCCACCGCCAUCAGCUUAUGCGUGCUCAUAGAGGUGGCGCGGUACUACAAUGUGUAUGGUUCUCAGUACAUUUCACGCUUCAUGGCCCGCCACAUCGACGACCGUGAGCACCUCGAUGGCGUCGUGCGCACCCACGUGUACCUACUCAUUGGCCUUGGCAUCUCACUCAUGAUGCGCUACCGACAACUGUCCAUCGAUGGUGCGCCGGUCCCAGCCAUUAUCGAGCUCUCCAUCAACAUCAUUCCUGGCAUUGUGUCGCUUGGCAUCGUAGACGCGUGCGCGGCGAUCACUGGGAGCUCGUUGUUUCUGAGCUCGCGACGCACACUCGGACGCUACUUAAAGAACGCCCUCUUUACAGAGCGAGCUAACACGUCCAUCACGCAUAAGACGACCACUGGCACCCUGGGCGGGCUAGUAUGCGGCUUUAUCUUUUGGGGAGUGAUUCUCGCGAUCGCUGAGGUUCCAAUCACGGGCCCUGCCUGCUAUUCCUUCACCAUGAUUGCUGCGUGCACGCUUACCGAGUGCUUCAUGGAUGGCAUUGACAAUCUGCAGCUGCCUUUGGUCGUGCUAGGGGCCGUAAACAACCUGUUCGCGCUACUGCUACCGGUGAAGGAGUUGUGGGUAAACCCUUCCAUCACACGACCAAACCCCACCACAGCAAGGUCCAUGGCAAGUGCGUUGACGUCUCCCUGGAAGAACUUCCCUUCUCCUAUGUCGGGCUCUUCAUGA